AUGCUCUCUCGUCCGGUUUUCGUCUUGCGACCACGUCUCCGCGCUGCCUCUCGCCCUGUGGCAAGCUCCUCGUGCAUACUACAGAAGCGGACUAUUGUAUCCUCUCUUCCUCGCCGUAAUGAAGCCAAUGUCGAGUCGGAGGCCACCGGAACGGAGAUGGACUUCGAGGACAUGGAUGACCUGAUGGGCUCUCCUCAGAGCGAAGGAUCUGAGCCGGCCAACUACCGCGAGUUCAUGGAGAAGAUUGGUCACAAGUAUCGCUAUGCGAGUCCAAGGCGCUACCUUGGAGAGCAGCCAUUCCCGAUGAACCCGUCCUUCAAACCACCUCCGCCCAUCUCUGACGCGCAACGCGACGCUAUGUACAAGAUCUACAUGAUGGAUCCUAAACGAAAUGGCGUUCGUCGACUGGCCAAGCGAACCAACAUGAGCAUCAAACGUGUAGACGCUAUCCUCCGGCUGAAAGGUCUCGAGAAUGCAUGGAAAGAGGGCAAGCAACUUCAAACCGGGUUCCAAGUUGGCAUGGAUAAGCUCUUGGGUGCGCAAACCCAUAGCGCCGUCGAUAAUCUCUACAAAGUGGUUGCUGAAUCCGAGAUGUUACUGAAAAAGUGGCAUAGCCGCCCUCGCUUCGGCUUCCACCACCCUAACAACGUCGAGCAUGUUGACUUUAGGCAACCUGACGUGAACGUAGAACGUGCCGAUGUGCAUCGAGCGGAUAUGCUGGAGGAGGAUGAACAACGAGAUGCGGCACGUUAUCGAUACGAACGCCUGUACUGGGAGUCCAUUCCGGAAUCUGCCCGAGAGCCGAUUCUACCAACUAUCUUGCAGCACGUCAAGCAAAAGGCGGAGCUGAAGAAGCUAGAGAACGAUAUCAAAGCCAAUAAGAAAUACAUGACACCUGGACCGGCUUUGCCUUUCCUCAAGCGACCCAAUAAGCCUGUUUUCAUCAAAUCCAGGCUCAACCGUCCCUCUACUAAAUUCGUCGACGUCGGCGCUCAGUUCAUGGACAUCGACGAGCGCAUCAAGCGAAUCGCAGUUUCAGAUCGCAAGGCCAGGAUUCGAGCUAGAAGGGCGGCCGAGAAGAAACUUGCGCAGGGUUUGUAG